AUCUGCGGUCUGGGGUAUCAGACAGGAAGGCCUGGGGCUGAUAGUCAGGAGGGCAGGAAGGAAUGCCAGGGGCUGAGGUGACAGGGCCCAGGGCUCGGCAUGUUCCACCCCUUCCGUCAGCUCUGCCCGCCCUGCCCGCCUGAUACCAUCCACCUCAGUCUUCAGCUCAGUCCUCAGCUCAGCGUGGAGCCUGGCAGGUUCAGGACCACAGGGCAGGCCAUGGAGACUUCAGAAUUCUGCUCCCAGACCCGAGACCACAGCCCACCUCCUGAAGAAGCAGAUGUGAAUAAAGGAGAGCUGAACUUCCACGGGCCAGACGGGGAGUCUGCAGUCUUCUCCCAGGGAUGGCAUGAGAGAGACAAGUCCUCCUCCUCCUCCUCCUCCUCCUCUUCCUCUUCAUCCUCCUCCUCGUCUUCCUCCUCCUCCUCCUCUUCCUCCUCAGGUGCUGAGCAGGAGGAGAAGGAUGACGUCUUGAAGGAUGAACUUCAACUCUACGGAGGUGGCCCUGGGGAGCUGGUGCCCUCUGGGGAAGCCGGUGUCCGCAGAAGAGGUUCUGUGCAAGCCGGAGGAAAUGUGGAUGCCCCCCAGGUACCGAAGCUGAACAUAAAGAAAGAUGAUGAGUUUUUCCAUUUUGUUCUCCUCUGCUUUGCCAUCGGGUCCCUGCUGGUGUGUUACCACUACUACACAGACUGGUUCAUAUCCCUCGGAGUUGGCCUGCUCACCUUCGCCUCCCUGGAGACCCUGGGCAUCUACUUCGGGCUGGUCUACCGCAUCCACAGCGUCCUGCAUGCCUUCAUCCCCCUCUUUCAAAAGCUGAGGCUGAUGGCUCCCGGGAGACCCGCUCAGCUCACUGAGCGCAGCACCUGAGAGCAGAGGGAGUGGCUCUGGGAGCAGCUUGAAGCUCAGGGACAAGGAUGAAGCCUGUUUCCCCUGACCAGGACUCCUGCUGCCCACCCAGGGCACCACUCAGACCAGAACCCGGGGCCGCAGCCAGGGGCAGAGGUGCCGUUUAGACCUGGGCCCCCAUGUCACCCAGGAGGCCUGUGAGGGGGGAUGCAACUCUGGACCUGGAAUCUGUCUGGCCCGCAGUUUCAUCUAGUGCCCAGCCACCCAGUAGGGUGACAUGAUUGUGGGACAGACAGAUGGACCACUGAGAACCCCACUGCCGGCUGUAUGAAGCCACAGCCCCUGGGCUUCUUCCCCUCCCCCAACCCCCAGGCCAGCCCUGUUGCUCUGGAACUCUCUGCAAAGUCAAAUAAACCCCCACCCCCAACCCAGGAGAGUCUGCUAACCCACCAUGCACUGGGGCUGCAUUCACAGAGGUAUGGAGUCCUGUUCCAAGGAGGUGAUGGCAGGGUCAGUCCAAUUGGCACAGCCAGGCCACACCAACAGCACACACACAGUCCUCCGGACACCUUUCCUAGGUGACAGGGGACCAGAGUAGGCGUAGGAAGAGUAGUGGGAGAGGGGGCUUCACUGAACUCACAGACCUUGGAGGAUACCGUCUUAGCGUCCUGGGUGCAGGUGAAGGUGCAGGUCCAGUCACUUGCUCUGAUUCUCACGUGACCACCCCCCAGGGCUUGGCUGGACCUGUCCCUGGGCAGAGCAGUUCAAGGUAGCUGGGCUUUCCCCAGGUUUGGGGCUGGAGGCUUCUGAGAAUUCUCCAAUUUAUUUAUUUACAUAUUUAUUUUGUCUCCAGGGUUGUCGCUGGGGUUCGGUGCCAGCAGUAUGAAUACACUGCUCCUGCCUGCCCUUUUCCCCCAUUUAAUUGGAUAGAACAGAGAGAAAUUGAGAGAGGAGGAGAGACAGGGAGAGGAAAAGAGAAACACCUGAAGACCUUCUCCAGCAUCCCCCUGCAGGUGUAGAGCUGGGGCUUGAACCUGCAUCCUUAUGCUUGGUAUUAUGAGUGUUUAACUGGGUGUACCACCACCCAGCCCCCAGAAACAUUUUCUUUUUUAAAAAUAUGUUUUAAAAUAUGUUUUAACUAUUUAUUUAUUAGAAAUAUAGGAGGAGAGAGAAAGAACCAGACAUCACUCUGGUAUACAUGCUGCCAGGGAUCAAACACAAGACCUCAUGCUUGAGAGUCCAGUGCUUUAUCUACUGCACCACCUCCCAGACUACGAAUUCUCAAAUUUUCUUUUGAAAUAUCUUCCUAGAAGUAUGAAAACACGAAUGGGCAGUUCUUAUCCUUGUUGAGUGUGGAUGCUGCCAACAACACAGGCAGAGACUCUAAACUGCUGGUGCCAUUCUAGAAAAGGGCAGUUCUCCUCAGAAAUGGGUGUUAGGCAAGAUGUGGGGUUUCAAAUAAAUACCUGGGCUGGGGAGAGAGCACAGUGUUUCUGCAAGACAAUUUUUCUGCCUGAGACUCUGACAUCACAGCACCACUGGUUCAGUCCCUAGCACCACUGUCAGCCAGCACUGAGCAGGGCUCUGGGCUCUAGCCUCUCUAUCUCUCUCUCUCUCUCAUUAAAAAUUACAAAAGGAGUGGGCCAGGCAGUAGCACAGCAGGUUAAGCACAUAUGGCGCAAAGCCCAAGGCCAGCUCAAGGAUCCUGGUUCUAGCCCCUGGCUCCCACCUGCUGGGGGGGGGGGUGUUGCUUUAUAAGCAAUGAAGCAGGUCUGCAGGUGUCUAUCUUUCUCUUCCCCUCUCUGUCUUCCUCUCCUCUCUCAAUUUCUCACUGUCCUACCCAACAACAAUGACAGCAAUAAUAAUAACAAAACAACAAUAAACAACAAGGGCAACAAAAGGGAAAAUAUAGCCUCCAGGAGCAGUGGGUUCACAGUGUAGGCACUGAGCCCCAGUGAUAACCCUGGAGGCAAAUAAAUAAAUAAAUAAAUAAAUAAGAAGUCUAAAAAAAAUUACAAAAGGAAAACGGGGGGAAAAAAAAGCAGAAAGGUAACCCUGGAGGUUGCACAGUGGGUAGAGCUCUGAACUCACACACAUGAGGUUCCAUGUUGUAGCCCUGGAACCAACUGUGCUGCUCUGGACCUUUCUCUCCCUCUCUUCUCAUAUAUAAGAUACAUAAAUCUUACACACACACGCACACGCACGCACACACACACACACUUUAUUGCCAUGGAGAGUUUCAUAAUAUUCAUGUGUGACUCUCUGUAUCUCCCCAUCUACAGUAGUGAUUUCAUCUCUCUCGUCCCUGAUUGUUCGUAUGAUAGUUCUCUCUCUUGCUUUUUGUGAGUCUAGCCAGUGGUUUGUCUAUUUUAUUUAUCCUUUUGAAGAACUGGCUCUUGGUUUCAUUACCUGCAGACCUGCUUCACUAUUCAUGAAGUCACCCCCCCCCCAUAGGGACUAGGGGCUUGAACUUGGGUCCUUGUGCACUGUCCUCUCUCUCUCUGUAUUUUUCUCUCUCAUCCUCUCUCCAUCCCAUAAUAUAUUUUGUUUAUUUACUUAUUUAUUCAGUUAUUUUUACCAGAGCACUGGGUUUUUUUUCUAGAUUUUUAUUAACUUUAUUUAUUGGAUAGAGAGAGCCAGAAAUUGGAAGAGUAGGAGGAGACAGAAAGAAAGGCAACUGCAGCACUGUGUCACCACUUGCAAAGCUUUCCCCCUUCAGGUGGUGACUGGGGGCUCAAACCCGGAUCCUUGAGCAUUGUAACAUGUGCACUCAACCAGGUGCGCCACCACCGGGGCCCCCAGAGCACUGUUCAAUUCUGGUUUACGGUGAUGCUGGGGAUUGAACCUGGGAUCUUUCAUGCCUCAGGCAUGAAAGUCUUUUUGUAUAACCACUAUGCUGUCUCCCCAGCCCUAUUCAUUAUCUUAUUAA